AUGGUCCCCGCGGGUUCCGCGCUCGUGUGCCCCGACUCCCCGAACUUCGUGUCGCUGCUAUCCAUGUUCUCCUCGCCCCACCCGCUCAGCUGCGCGGGCUCGCUCGCGGAUGGGCAGGAGGGGGAAGAGCAGCAGGAGGAUUCCAAGGCGGGGGUGCUGGUCAGGGGCGGGGGGGGCGGAUGGGGAGGGGGAAGGGGAGGCGGAAGGGGCGCGGGCGGUAGAGGGGGUGCGGGGCAGCUGAUGUGCGCUCCGCCGAGGAAUAUGCUGCAGGUGGCGGGGGGCGCGCGCGCGGAGAGGGUUCCGGGGCUGCGGGGGCGGAUAGAGAAGGCGUUGAGAAGCCUCUGCCAGAAACGCCCUUCCGCUCUCCCCCCUCCCCUUUUCUCCCCCACCCAAACACCGCAGUCGCGAGGCGAUCUGCUGGCGCAGGUGUGGUUCCCCACGUGGCACGAGGGGCAGCGCGUGCUGAGCACGCGCGAGCAGCCGUUUGUGCUCAUGGAGGGCAGUGAGAAGCUGCGCGUCUACCGCACCAUCUCCACCAACUACACAUUUCCCCUCUCUGGAAGUGGGUACCUGGGUCUACCAGGCCGUGUGUUUGUGUCGGGUCGCCCCGAGUGGACGCCCAACGUGCAGUACUACUCGCGGGACGAGUACCUCCGCGUGGCCCACGCCACUCGCUGCAACGUGCGCGGGGCUCUGGCUGUGCCCAUUUUCCGCGUGCUGGGGAAUGAGGGGAAGGGGAAGAGGAAGGGGAAGGGGAAGGGGGAAGCGGGGGAGGGGGGUGAGAGGGCGAUGCAGGGGUGCAUAUGGUUUGGUUUGGGGGUGCAGUCUGCUCUGCUGCAGGGAGGUGCAUAUGGUCUCUGGGGGAGGAGGAGGCAGGAGCUGGUGGCGGUGGUGGAGCUGGUGAUGAUGGGCGAGGACGUGCGCUUCGGGCCUCAGAUCGAUGCCGUGUGCAACGCACUGCAUGUGAGGCUGAGGUUGAGUGCGGUGCAGAGGCGUGCAAAUGGUGUGGGGGGAAAUUCUCUGGUCUUGAAAGCAGGGAGCGGUGGUGGAGCUGGUGAUGAUGGCGAGGACGUGCGGUUUGACCUGCAGAUCAAUGCCGUGUGCAACGCACUGCAGUGCGGUGCAGAGGGGUCGAUGGGGAUGGGGGGUGUUGCAGAGAUGCCCUUUCCUGGCCGGGGUGCAGUGCUCACAGAGAUACACGAGGUGCUCUCCUCACUCUGUGACAAGCACUCGCUCCCCCUCGCCCAGACCUGGAUCCCCUCCUCCUGGGCGUGCUGCGAGCACCAGCUGCAGGCCGCCCAGGGCUGCCCCGGCCGCGCCAUGACCUCCAACGCCCCCGCCUUUUGUGACGACCUGCAGCUUCUCACCAAGGAGCAGUACCCUCUAGUGCACUACGCGCGCAUGUUUGGGCUCCGGGCGGCUGUUGCCAUCCGGCUAAGAUCUGUUUUGUCUAAAGAUAUGGACUAUGUUUUGGAGUUUUUCCUGCCGCCGGGGUGCAGGGAGAAGGAGGAGCAGCAGCGGUUGCUGACGCAGCUGUCGCAGAGCAUGCAGGAGGCGUGCCGGAGCCUCAGGACGGUUACUGUGGAGGAGAUGAGGAGGAGUAGGUCCGGGAGUAGGUCCGGGAAGAGUGGGGGUAGUCGAGGCACAAGGUCAGGCUCGGGGACAGGAGGGGCGGAGGCGGGAGGAUCGGUGGCUGGUGGGUCCGUGAUGGGAGGUGGCGGGGUGGAGACGAGGGAGGGGCCGUGGGGGGGAGGGAAGGGAAAGGGGUUGGUGGGGGAAGGUGUGUCGGAGGGAGUGAGUGUGGUGAGGGGUGUGGGGGGGAAGGGGGCGAGGGAGGCGGCCGAAACUCCAGAGAAAAGAGGUAGGGAGGUGAAGAGGAGGCGAGUGGAGGGACAAGGGGAGGGGGAAGGUGUGAGGGUGUGUGAGGGCGCGGGUGUUGGUAUGAGGGAGACUGGAGUGGGGGAUAAUGGUGUGGGCGAGAGCAGUCCCUUUGAAGCCGCAGCAAUGGCAGAGCUCUGUGAAGGUUCGGCAGUCACGCCAUUGGCUCACGGUGUGCCACCUGGCACUGGCACAGCUGACGUGGCGUUUCCACUGGGGAACAGUUCUGCUGCGGGGCUUGGGGUGAAUGGAUUAGGGUGUGGGGAGGAGGGGGACCAUGGGGGCGUGGGGAAUGGUGCGGGCAUGAGCAAUGCAGCAGCAGCAGCAGCAGCAGCAGGGGGAGAUGGGAGCAGCCCCAAUUACACUUACGGGUAUGGGAACGGGCAUGGGAACGUGCAUGGGAACGGGCAUGGGAACGGGCAUGGGAACGGGCAUGGGAACGGGCAUGGGAACGGGCAUGGGAACGGGCAUGGGAACGGGCAUGGGAACGGGCAUGGGAACGGGCAUGGGAACAGGCAUGGGAACAGGCAUGGGAACAGGCAUGGGAACAGGCAUGGGAACAGGCAUGGAACAGGCAUGGGUGGUGGCGGCAGCCUCAACAUCAACGCAGGUGGGAUGGGCACAAGCAUGGGCAUGCAGGCCAUGCCACCUCUACCUGAAGACGCUUUCUCAGGUGAAAGCUCAGGUCCUACACCCAUGGUCUCUGCAGCUGCCGGCCCUGCCGCCCCUGCCGACCCUGUGUUGGGCAGCAGCGAGGCGGCAGCUGCACCUGCUGGCCAAUCAGGUGCCCCUGCCACGUCAGACAGGAGUGGUGACAGCCUGGAUGAAGGGGGAGGGGCGCUGGAGGGGACUCCAGACGGGGCAAGCUCGGGGCAGCCUUCAGGAGGGGCGGAAGGGGGGGCGGAAGGGGGAAGGCAGGGGGGUACGCGUGUAGAGGAGGAUGUGACAGGGGGAGGGGGAGGGGGGGAGGAGAGGGCGGGAGGGGCGGAGGGGGGGCCGAAAGGGGGGGUGAAGAAGGGGGAGAAGCGGAGGGGGGGGACGAAUGAGAAGAGCAUCAGUCUGGGCGUGCUGCAGCAGUACUUCGCAGGCAGCCUCAAGGACGCCGCUAAGGCACUGGGAGUGUGCCCCACCACACUGAAAAGGAUAUGCCGGCAGCAUGGAAUUGCCAGGUGGCCAUCCCGCAAGAUCAACAAGGUCUCGAGGAGCAUUCAGAAGCUGCAGGACGUGAUCGAGUCUGUGCAGGUGCCAGCUGGCGCGCUGCGAUUGGACGCCAUCACGUCUGAGCUGGCGACGGCCGCGGCGGUGAAGGCGGUCACGGGGGCGCAGAUCGGAGGGUCUGCCAACUCGCCAGCAUUUUCAAACCCAGCUUUAGCGGCAGCAGCAGCAGCAGCAGCAGCGGCAGCAACAGGGGCCGGGCAAGGGCAACAAGCACAUGUUCCAGGAGGUUCCACUAUACUCCCAGCUCCCUCCUUUGGCUUUAACUCCACCUCCUUCCAGUCCCUCCCUUGGCCUGGCAAUCGCCAUCCCUCCAUGCUUGACCCUAUGGUCGGAGGCUCGGCACAUGGACCUGGAGGUUCGGCUCACGGGCCACUGGCCACGGGAGGUUCAGCGCACGGACCACUUGCCAUGGCUGGAGGCUCGGCGCAUGGGCACUUUGCAGGAGGGUCGGCGCACGGCCCGUUUAUGGGCGUGGGAGGUUCGGGGCACGGAGGAAUGGCGUUUGCGGGAGGUUCGGGGCAUGGGGGGGUGGCGUUUGCGGGAGGUACGGCACAUGGAGGGAAUGCAUUUGCGGGAGGUUCAGCCCAUGGCGGGAAUGCAUUCGCGGGAGGCUCGGCUCACGGAGGCAUGGCGUUUGCAGGAGGUUCGGCACAUGGGGGCAAUGCGUUUGGGGGAGCAGGCGGGUCGACACAUGGCGCGACGCUACUGGCUGCAGCAGCGGGAGCAGGAUCAAAUCACGGGCCGUACCCAGGGGGUCCAGUGCAGGGGGGGUAUAUCCUCGUGGGUAGCUCAGCCCAUGGCCCACACAUGGCUCAUAUUGGGGGGUCUUUGCAUGGGGCAGGGGGGUCCAUGCAUGGCGGAGGGUCAAUGCAUGGGGGGAUCAUGGCUGGUGUGCAAGCUGCUGCUGGUAUGGGUAUGGGUGGUCCUGGCAUGGCAGCAGGCAUGCAAGCAGGGGGGUCGCAUCACGGUGGAUAUUUCUUUGCAGGGGGCUCGGGUCAUGGGGCACAUAUGAUGCUGGGUUCACCCCAUGGGGGGGCAUAUGCAGGCCCAGCAGCUGCUGCUGCUGCCGCUGCUGCUGCAGGCAUGGCCGGACCUGGCGGGAGCGGAGGUUCGGGAGGAGGCCUGGGGCCGAACCAAGCCGGCGGGUCGAUGCAUGGGGGAAUGGCGGGAAGCGCAGGCGGGGUGCACGCGGUGAAUAGGACACCGCCACCUGGCAAGCUGCCGAUUCCUCGGGAUCCGUCUACUUCCAAUCUGAGCCUUGCUUUGAGUCUUAAGAAUGGAGCCGGGACGCAGAGAGCAAGUGGGGCGGUUGCAGGGGGGGAUGACGAGGGCACGACACAUGGCACGAGCCUAUUGGCCAGUCUGCUUCGGAGGAGUGAUGAGGAAAUGGGGUUGGUUGGGGGGAUGGUGACAGGGGGAAGGGGAGAGGGGGAUGCGGCGGAGGGGAAGGGCGGUGGGGGACAUGAGGGGGGAGGGGGUGGGGGAGGUGGUGGUGGGGAGGGGGAGAGGGAUGGGCAGUUGGGGAUGAGCCUGGGUGGGCAAGCAGGCGUGGCAGGGGGUGUGGCCGGUGCUGCUGCAGGGGAGCAGUGGUUACAACAACAGCAGCAGCAACAGCAGCAACAGCAGCAGCAGCAGCAGCAGCAGCAGCAGCAGCAACAGCAGCAACAGCAGCAGCAGCCGGAAGCUGCUGCUGCUGGUGCCGGUGGUGCGAGAGGGCAGCAGAGGGAAGAGACUCGGGUGCACGGGGGGCGGUCAGCCUUUGUGGCUCUCCGCAGCUACCAGCCAAUUGCAGGGGACCAAUCCAACGACCACCACCACAACCAGCACCAGCAGGGGCAGCAGGGGCAUGGGCAAGCAGCAGGCGGCAGGGAGGGGCGGUCAAAUGGGUUUGAGGAGCGUGAGGGCGCGGCGGGCGGGGUGGGGGGGCGGCUGCGCGGUGGUGCGCCCUGUGCUGCUGAUAUGGCUGCCCUCGGCCAUGCAGGCACGGGGGGAGGCGGGCAGGGUGGAUUCGGGGGUAGAGGGGGUGCUGGUGGUGCUGCCACUGGUGGUGCUCAUGCCCCCACCACAUCGCUACACCUAUGGGAGGCAGACCGCGGUGCUGCCUCUGCCUCUGCUGCAGCAGCAAGCACCGGAGGAGCAGGAGGAGAAGCAGCCGGAAUGGCAGCAGCAGCAGCAGGAGGAGGAGGAGCAGGAGGGACCCAGUCAGUGGUAACGAUCAAAGCUACAUUUGGAGGGGAUACAAUUCGGUUCAGAGUGGCGCUGAACUCUUCAACGUUCCAGCGGGUGCAGGAGGAGGUGGCGAGCAGGCUGAGAGUGCCAGUGGGUGCAUUCUCGCUCAAAUAUUUGGACGAGGACGGCGAGUGGGUGGUGCUGGCGGGCCCUCAGGACAUGGACGAGUGUGUGCAUAUAGUUCGAGCUUCGGGGAGCAAUACCAUAAAGCUGAACAUUAAGGCUGAAGCUCAGGGGCGAGGGUGA